AGAGCCGCCACAGUAACGGAAGUGACGUUUCCUAAUUCGUUCGAGAACGUAAACAGUAAUGGCGGACUGCGAAGCGGAACCUCUUGUGUAUCUAGCUAUCGGUAACAUUCCCGUAGCCUUCCACUCGGCGGACCUGAGAAAUUAUUUCAGCCAGUUUAUAGAGAGCGGCGGCUUUCACUGCUUUCACUACCGGCAUCGACCAGAAGUUCUAAGAGAACCCGAAGGGUCCGAACCUGCGGUGGACCAAGACGGAGAGAAAGCUAGCUCCGUGUCCUCAGAACCCCACGAAUCAACGCAGAACAGCUGCGUGUCGAAGACGGUGGCGGUGAGGUCGUGCUGUUGUAUCGUUUCAGUCCAUGCUGAACAUGCUGAGAGGUUCAUCAGGAUGUAUGCGGGGAACCACUGGAUCGACUCGAAGGGAAACUGGCUGGCCAGACGCUGUGCUAUCAGGAGAACAAGAGUCUCGCAUGACAAAGGUGAAGGUUCCUUCCCUUAUAAAACCAAGUAUGAGCAGCGCCACCAUGUCUCCUUCACCGAGCUCUUCACCGAAGCUGACCUCAGCAGGCUGCCUGAGCUGAACCCGCCUGCUCUGAUGCAGAACGGCAACGUGGGCACGCCCAUCAAAGUCUUCCUCCAACUCAUCCAGUCCUGUCGCCUCCCUCCACGCCUCAUCCGGAAGCUGGGCCUCACUUUCCCGAAGACCAGCUCCAGCCGUCGCUAUGGAAACGUGCCUUUCCUCUACCACAACACGUGCACCCUUCCUGCCACAGAGGAGACGGUGUUAACAGCUGCCGGACACGAGAUAUCGGGGCCAGGCUCUCUGAUGGCCCCGUCUUCGAAAUCAAAAUGGAGACCGCUGGCUGAUGAUGUGCACGCAACGGAGGCUGACGACACGCAGAAUGAAGAAGAGGGAGAAGAAGGGGAGGACACACAGUCAAAUGCAGAUGAUGAUGACGACCGCUGUGAAGAGUGGGAACGCCACGAGGCCCUGCAUGACGACGUGACCAGCCAGGAGCGAAGCAAAGAGAGGCUUUAUGAGGAAGAGAUCGAGCUAAAGUGGGAGAAAGGAGGUUCUGGUCUGGUUUUCUACACCGACGCUCAGUACUGGCAGGAGGAGGAGGGAGAUUUUGACGAGCAAACGGCAGACGACUGGGACGUCGACAUGAGCAUUUACUACGACAAAGAUGGAGGCGACAUGGACGCUCGUGACUACAUAAAAAUGCGCUAUGAGAAGAGGCUGAGGGACGGUGUUGAAGACGGAUCAGGGCACAAUCAGUCGAUUGGCAGCUUUGAGAGGUUUACUAAAGGCUUUGGCCGACGAGUGAUGGAGCAGCAGGGCUGGAGGGACGGCGAAGGGCUGGGAAGCAGCCAGGUUGGAAUUCCUGAAGCUCUGGAGAAUGAGGGCCAACAUCCACACUGCAAAAGAGGCUUUGGAUAUCAUGGAGAAAAGUUGGUGUUGCAUCCUGUGAAGAAGGCCAGGACAGAUUAUCUCAUUGGCACGGUGUACGACAAACCCAAAGACAUAGAUGAAGGCGACACCUUAUGGAGGCGACAACCCAACACCAGCAUGAAGUACAGAGGCUGGCAGCCAGGUGGCAGCAUCGGAUCAAAAAGAUGACAUCUUGCUCUAUCUGCAAAAUGUAUAGCUCCGAUUUAUUUAUUAGAUUUUUAUAAUAAAAAAAAUGCAAAAAAUUUUUAA